GGGACACAGCGGGGUAGAUUAAUACACCGGCAAAGGCUGAACAGCAUUAGAAUAGAACACAGCAGCUCUUAACGAGUGCUUAGCGCGCCAAUAUAUUUGAUUACAGACUACUUGUCUGGUAGAGAGAACGACAGCCGAUCCAAAACAUUUUGAAUUGUAUCCUACUGUUUUUAUUUAAUCCGUGCUGAUCUGAAAGCACGUACAGGUGGUAUUUUGGGGGGACCGAUAUUAGUGGGAAACCUAGGUUUCUUUCGUGUUUUAUUUCACUACCCUCUAGGAAUGCUUACUCAGAACAGGAUACAAAAGAUCUGGAUUCCUUCAAAGGAUGACAAACCGGCAGUCUCCCGGGGAACGACGGGGGCCCCACACCUGGCCAACCCACCCACAGUGAUUGUGAUGGUGGGUCUGCCAGCCAGGGGGAAGACCUACAUGUCCAAGAAACUCACCCGAUACCUCAAUUGGAUCGGCAUGCCCACCAAAGUCUUCAAUGUGGGAGAGUAUCGCAGAGAAGCAGUCAAGAACUACAGCUCGUAUGACUUCUUCAAGGCUGACAAUGAGAGUGCCGUGAAGAUCAGACAACAAUGUGCCUUAGCAGCUCUGAGGGACGUUGAGUCUUACCUGACAGAGGAGGGAGGCCAGGUUGCAGUCUUUGAUGCCACCAACACUACUCGUGAGAGACGAGACAUGAUCCUGGACUUUGGCAGUGAGAACGGCUUCAAGAUCUUCUUCAUUGAGUCGGUGUGUGAUGAUCCCAGCGUCAUCGCCACAAAUAUCAUGGAAGUGAAGGUGUCCUGCCCAGACUACCAGGACUGCAACAAGACAGACGCCAUGGAGGACUUCCAUAAGAGGAUAGAGUGUUACAGGGUUCACUACGAACCCCUGGACCCAGACCAGUACGACAGGAGCCUGUCCUUCAUCAAGGUGAUAGAUGUAGGCAGAAGGUUCCUGGUCAACCGGAUCCAGGACCACGUCCAGAGUAAGAUCGUCUACUACCUGAUGAACAUCCACGUUCAGCCCAGAGUCAUCUACCUGUGUCGCCAUGGAGAGAGCAUGCACAACCUGCAGGGACGCCUGGGGGGAGACUCAGGGCUGUCGCCAAGGGGGAGAAAGUUUUCUGGGGCGUUGUCGAUGUUCGUUAACGAGCAGAACUUGACGGAUCUGAAGGUGUGGACCAAUCAGAUGUGUUGCAGCAUCCAGACUGCUGAGAGCCUGGGAGUGCCCUACGAACAGUGGAAGGCCCUUAACGAGAUAGACGCUGGGGUGUGUGAGGAGAUGACGUACGAUGAGGUGAAGGAGAAGUACCCUGAGGAGUUUGCUCUGAGAGACCAGGACAAGUAUUACUACCGCUACCCCACAGGAGAGUCCUAUCAGGACCUGGUCCAGCGGGUGGAGCCAGUGAUCAUGGAGCUGGAGAGACAGGAAAACGUUCUGGUUAUCUGUCACCAGGCUGUGAUGCGCUGUCUCCUGGCUUACUUCCUAGAUAAGAGUGCAGAAGAGAUGCCCUACCUGAAGUGUCCCCUCCACACGGUGCUGAAGCUCACCCCCAUUGCCUACGGCUGCAAGGUAGAGUCCAUCUCGCUCAACGUGGAAGCAGUGAACACCCACAGAGAGAGACCAGAGGAGAUGAAGAAGAAUUCUGGGACUCUGAUCAGGAGGAACAGUGUGACCCCCCUGACCAGCCCCGAGCCCAACAUCAAGAAACCCCGCAUCGACGGCCUGGACGAACCCCUCCAGGAGCUGCCCAUGUCCCUCUGCACUCCUUCCCACCUCGCCUUGGCCGGACAGCACUGGCUGGGCAAAGUCUGCCUACCUCCGCCCAUCUGCACCAUCCUUCACUGUCUGAAACUCGUCUCACUUUUAGUGUUUCAAAGAACAUGAAGAGAAUGUCCAACGAUCGCCAUGAGAUCCUGCAGCUCUGCCAAUGAGAUCGCACUGCCUCGUUACCUGAUCCAAGACCCCAGGAAGUGAAAGCCGGCAAAGAAAGUUCAACAAUGUCACCAAAAUGGACAUUUUUGUGUGUGUGUGUGUGUGUCCAUCUUCCUCUUUCUGGAGAUCACAGGGCACUUCUGUUUUCUUUUCUCACACAGGCGUGUUAGUGCGUGUCUGGCCUGUGUUAUCUGCCAGUGCUUGUAGUUCAAACACUUUGCCUCUGGGAAAGAGAGAGAUAACACUGUACAUUAGAGGUCUUCACAGGUCCACCCAAAAUACCCGAGCGGGCCCGGGUCCAAAAUUCUAAGUUUUCCAUCCGGUCUGAGCCGGGUCUUGGGUCAAUGUAACUAUAGCCGACAGACCCGACUGGACCCGGCCAUGGCUCUGCAUAGCCUAUAGCAUAUUUAUUUACCAGUAAAACAUAAUGUAUGCUACUAUACAAUACCGUACAACAUGUCUCAACCACUCUGCUUUCUCUGGUUCCUCCGAAGUGAAUCUGUAGUGACAGCUCACCCUGGAAUUAUGGUUUAAUUAGUGUAAUAGCUCUGUGAUUCUAAGGAACUAUUAUAUCUGGUUUGAGUGACUACUUGGCACUCGGCAACGCAUCCGUCAGAGAGCUGGAACCAGGCCAAAUAUUUGAAAUCGUCCUUUCUUGACAACCUCCCGAGAUCUGAGUAAUGAGUCAUGUAUCCAUGGUUAUAUCACUUUUUUUUUAAACAGAUGGAAUCGUUUAGCUUACGAUGUAAACAUUUUUCUAUAGGAAUGCCUCUGAAAUAAUGACUACCCAAAUUGUGUUUGUCACUUUUGUUGAUGUUGAGCACUUGUUCACUUUUUUUGUUAUGAUUUUAUUUCUAAAGAUUUGAGUAUCAUACUGUUACUGAACAACCGGUGUACUCAUGCUAUGACAUGAAUGAUUAUUUUGCACAGCAAAGUAGAUAUUCCUAUUGAGUGGUGUGAAUGACUGUGUCCAUAGACACAAUUGUCUCUUUCUGUCUUUCUCUCCGAAAGGAGAUUUGGACCUAGAGUGCCUAGUGCUUGUCCUGCAAGCCCAAUGCUGCUUCUGCAACCAUAUAGCUGGCUAUAGAAAUUCAGACAUAUGCUACCUUCCGAGUACAUGCAGUGUAACGUGUUUCACUUUUCUUUGUAAGCCAGCUACUAACGUGUGAGCAUUUAUAUCUUUGUUAUGAAAAUACGUUCUGUAAAUAGACAUGUACAUAUAUCAGACUUGAAGGAAUGCUCAGUGUUUGGAAUGUUCAAGUCUAGAACUGAGUGGAAAGGUAUUUUGUAGAUGCUCUUUUUUUACCUCUCUCUGAUUGGCUGAUUCAUACUUAAUUGUAAGUCGUGUACUACUCUGCCCUACAAAGGUAAAACGCAGUAACUACGCCAACAGUGAAACUGAGAAAAAUGGCUUUGAAGUUGUUUUGCUAGCCAGCCAAAUAUGUUCUGCAUAUCACAUUGGCAGUACUACUUUUGUUCAUUUGUUUGCUUCUGAUACUUGAAUUUUGUUUUUUUGUAAGACAUUUUUUCUCAAGCUAUUUAUUUCUAUGUAGAUUUAGAUAAUCGUUUGGAGCGGAUGGCACCUGUUCUUGCCUGAGUACUGUGUAUGACUUGUGUAUGGCAAGCAAAGCGUCUGAGAGAGCAACAUGUGUAAAUUCUGCAUUUGCUGGGCCAAUAAAUCUCCAGGAAAGUAA